GCGCGACAUUCACACACGAAAAAAAAAAAACAUUUUCGUUCAUUUCCCAAAAAAAAGUGACAAGCAACAACAACAAAAAAAUUAUUGCACUUAAUGACAAUUUUAAAUAUUUAUUUCUGAGUUUAUACAAAUUAGCUAUCGCGUAGAAGAAUAAAUUGUCAAUUGAUUCAAUAAAAAUUCAAUAUUUUUGUGACCUUAUCGAUUGCUGCUGUAUAAUGUGAUAAGGGUCAAUUGUGAUGUGAAAAUUAAAUGACAAAAUAAAUUAAAAAAGAAAUUAGAGGUGCAUUAAGGAAUAAGUCUAAAGUACAAUGUCGGCGUGCCUUAAUCAAAUUGUAUUUCUUUUAUCAAUCGUAUUGAUGAUAAUAAAAAUUGCGGCUACAGAUGUUUGUGAUAUUUGUAGCUGCUUCGAAUACGAGAUAGACACUUAUGUGAUAUCAUGUAAAAGUUACAAGAAUCAUGUUUUAGAAAUCGAUUUUGAGGAAAUUGAGUGGCCACCAAAUGAGAAUCAAAGCCACAUGAAGGCUUUCUUCAAUAAUUUUCCAGUCAAUUUAUUGCCCAAAAUUUCGGGUGAUUCAAAUGUGAUUUCAAUUAAUUUUGAUGACAAUAAUAUUCGGACGAUUGCGUCUAGUCCAUUUGAGCAUUUUAAUAACUUAGAGGAGAUAAGCUUGGCAAAUAAUCGAAUUGCUGAUUUAACUAAAGACUUCUUAAAAUCACAGACGAACCUUAGGCUGCUUAAUUUAUCAAACAACACGUUAUCAGCUAUCGAUCCCAACAUUAUUGCACAUUUGAACGAGCUACGUGAAAUAAAUUUGUCACAUAAUUUCUUAACAAAGAUAACAGCUGACUUUUUAGAAGCGACGGAACACGUUGAGGUCAUACGAUUGGAGAACAACAAGCUUUAUGUUAUCGAUAAUGCAUUUGACAAAAUCAAUUAUUCGUUGCGAGAGCUGUUUCUCGCCCACAAUCACUUCACUGUUAUCACGUCGGCAAUGUUUGAGAAGCUUACUAAUUUAGAAGUAAUCGACUUAUCAGACAACAAAAUAUUGAACAUCGAUAAUGAAGCUUUCACCAAAUUGACUGCUUUAAAGCUUCUCGAUCUCUCAUUCAACAGUAUUAAAAGAAUAACAAUAAAACUUCCAAACUCCCUCCAAUUAUUGUCAAUCAACAAUAAUAAUCUAAAUUCAUGGCCUCUAUUAAAUGUCCCAGAAAACUUGACAGAAUUGGAAAUUCAAGACAAUAGUCUAGACUACUUAUUUCCAACAGACAAGAAUGUGCCAAGCUUAAUAAGGCUAGAUGCAUCGACCAAUUUACUCCAUCAGCUUCCAGAGGCACAAUUUAUAAAUUUAGAGUUUCUUAAUUUAGGAUUUAAUUUACUGAAGGCAGUUCCUCACAAUAUUAAUGAAAAAGCACCAUUUUUGAAGGAACUAAUUCUCGAUGGAAAUGAAAUUUCAGACAUUGAAUUUACUGAAGCAACAACUUUAGUUUCUAUAUCACUUUGUAACUUGACGUCACUACACAAAAUUAAUGCAUAUGCACUGCAAAACUUAUCUGGCAAGAAUUUAACGUUUGACCAACUAGAAACGUGUGUUGCAGUAAAAAUCGCGUAUAAUGAGAAUCUUGUUGAGAUUGAACCCGAUGCAUUUUAUGGCGUACGAUUCUGCGACUUAGAUUUAAGCUACAAUAGUCUUCAGACGAUUCCUCAAAACUUGACAAACUGGGAGAUGAUUGAAAAUGGAGUUAAUCUACAAGGAAAUCCACUUUUAUGUUCAUGUGAACAGGAAUGGAUACUUGAGGAUAUAAUGAAGACUUUAUAUGACAAUGAAGAUCAUCAAGAGCUUCUUCUUGAGCUCAGAUGUGAAAAUCCAGAAGAGCUUAAAGGAAAAAGACUAGUCCAGUUUCUUAAACACGAUGAUCCAUUUUGUAAAGGCACAUAUGAAAGCGAGCCAGUUCUCCAAUCUGGUAUUGGACGAUUCCUUCCAAAUCUGCUACCAAUUAGCGAAGAUUCUAGUCAAACAGGAAAGAAAAUUGAAUUUCAUUUAACACCGUGGACGCCUGGAUUUAUAAUUAUAGUAACUUUAUGUACAAUUAUUUUAAUUUUAAUUAUUAUCGUAGGCGUAAAAUGGCAAAGGGAUCAAAACCUUAAGUUAGCUAGACGGAAUAGACUUUACUAUGAUGAUUACUAA